AGCUGCAAGUUGGGCUGCAGGGGCAGCGCAUACACUACAAUGGCUGCUGGAAAGAGGCGUAAGGAAACAAUUUCCAGGCCCGCCGCGUCCAGCCCGAAAUAUGAGAAAAAAAUUAUUAGAAAUUCCGCGGGCGGUGUAAAGGCGGCGGACGGGCCGGAGGGAGGAUGUUAAAGCCCCGCGGUUUCCUCUUGGUGCUGCCUUGGCUGUAUUUGGCACCCAGAAUGCCUCAUUCUGUGACAGUCUGUUGAUAAGGUUGCUUUGCUAGAAUUUGGAGCAGAGCCUCAGAUUGGCCAAAAUGGGAAGGAUUGGAUUCCACUCUCUUCCACGAAGAGUCAAUGGAACUGGCUAAGAUCAAAGUCUGAGGCUUUUUCCAUCUGUAAUCAGUCCCUUUUUGCUUUCUUUUACGACCACAUGAAACUUGAGAAGCCACCUAAAGCUAUAUCAUUUAGUGGAGUUGGGCAGUUCCCAAGUGUCCAACAAGAAGGCCUGGUUUAGGCUGCGAUGGCCACUGUCAUUCCUGGUGAUUUGUCAGAAGUAAGAGAUACCCAGAAAGUCCCUUCAGGGAAACGUAAGCGUGGUGAAACCAAACCAAGAAAAAACUUUCCUUGCCAACUGUGUGACAAGGCCUUUAACAGUGUUGAGAAAUUAAAGGUUCACUCCUACUCUCACACAGGAGAGAGGCCCUACAAGUGCAUACAACAAGACUGCACCAAGGCCUUUGUUUCUAAGUACAAAUUACAAAGGCACAUGGCUACUCAUUCUCCUGAGAAAACCCACAAGUGUAAUUAUUGUGAGAAAAUGUUUCACCGGAAAGAUCAUCUGAAGAAUCACCUCCAUACACAUGACCCUAACAAAGAGACAUUUAAGUGUGAAGAAUGUGGCAAGAACUACAACACCAAGCUUGGGUUCAAACGUCACUUGGCCUUGCAUGCCGCAACAAGCGGUGACCUCACCUGCAAGGUGUGUUUGCAGACUUUUGAAAGCACAGGAGUGCUUCUAGAGCACCUUAAAUCUCAUGCAGGCAAGUCGUCUGGUGGGAUUAAAGAAAAAAAGCACCAGUGCGAGCAUUGUGAUCGCCGGUUCUACACCCGAAAGGAUGUCCGGAGACACAUGGUGGUGCACACUGGAAGAAAGGACUUCCUCUGUCAGUAUUGUGCACAGAGAUUCGGACGAAAGGAUCACCUGACUCGACACAUGAAGAAGAGUCACAAUCAAGAGCUUCUGAAGGUCAAAACAGAACCAGUGGAUUUCCUGGAUCCAUUUACCUGCAACGUGUCUGUGCCUAUAAAAGAUGAGCUCCUUCCGGUGAUGUCCUUACCUUCCAGUGAACUGUUAUCAAAGCCAUUCACAAACACUUUACAGUUAAACCUCUAUAACACUCCAUUUCAGUCCAUGCAGAGCUCGGGAUCUGCCCACCAAAUGAUCACAACUUUACCUUUAGGAAUGACAUGCCCAAUAGAUAUGGAUGCUGUUCAUCCCUCUCACCACCUUUCUUUCAAAUACCCAUUCAGUUCUACCUCAUAUGCAAUUUCUAUUCCUGAAAAAGAACAGCCAUUAAAGGGGGAAAUUGAGAGUUACCUGAUGGAGUUACAAGGUGGCAUGCCCUCUUCAUCCCAGGAUUCUCAAGCAUCAUCAUCUAAGCUAGGGUUGGAUCCACAGAUCGGGUCCCUAGAUGAUGGUGCAGGGGACCUCUCCCUAUCAAAAAGCUCUAUUUCUAUCAGUGACCCUCUAAACACACCAGCAUUGGAUUUUUCUCAGUUGUUUAAUUUCAUACCAUUAAAUGGUCCUCCCUAUAAUCCUAUAUCAGUGGGGAGUCUCGGAAUGAGCUACUCCCAAGAAGAAGCACAUUCUUCUGUUUCCCAGCUCCCCACACAAACACAGGAUCUUCAGGAUCCUGCAAACACUAUAGGUCUUGGGUCUCUGCACUCACUGUCAGCAGCUUUUACCAGUAGUUUAAGCACAAGCACCACCCUCCCACGUUUCCAUCAAGCUUUUCAGUAGGAUUCUGGGAUGUGGAUUUACUACAGAAAUGUAUGCGUAGCUCUGCCUUAGAUGACCAUUUUUAUUUUAGUGCCUACUUUAAGACGGUGUAAAAAUUUCUGCUUUUGUAUAAUACCAGUUUUCAUCAAGCCAGUAUAAAAUAGAAACUAGCUUUUUAAAUGAGCUUUGGAACCAUUUGUGUUCAGUUAUGUUUACCUGGGUAUUUUGUCCUGAUUCACUGCCAAUUGUCAGAUUUUAAUAGUUUUUUUUUUUCAUACAGGAAAGCCAUUAUUAUUAGUAAAAUUUUACAAAUCUCAUGUUCAAAUUACUUUUAGGUCUUAAAUUUUUCAUUUUUGUCCAAUAACAAUGGCUCUACCUUUGGACAUUUGGCUCAUUAAAAAAUUUUGCAAUAGAAUGUAAAUUUUAUAAAAUAUAUGUAAAUAACUCAAGAGUUUAAAAUUUUUUACUAGCCUCAAAAUGGAUUCAUAAUCAAGUGUUGCAAAUGAAUUAAGAAUCUAGUUUGGAGAGAAAACAUGUUUCUUAGAUAUACCAUAAUUUCUGAUUAGUAUAUUUUGAAGACUUGCUAUUGUCUGGCUAAAAUAUUUGCCGUCUUUAUUAUGAGCAUAUAAGGAAAACAAAACCUAAACACAAAGCAUCAGUAUUUAUAGCAAAAUAGAUGCCUAGUAAGGUGAUAUGGCAUUCCAUGUUACUUAAUAGUUGGCCCUAAAUUAGUACACAGGAUAUUUUGCCAUUUUUCAGCCUUCUUAAUUUGCUAUCUUUCCAUUUAGUAAUAUUAAUUGUGUAUGGCAUUGGAGUCUUCAGAAUCGGUAUAUAGGUAGAUCUCUUUAAUCUUUUCCACUUUCCACAGCCAAAGGGCGGGUUAAGUGCACCAGCAAUUUUAUAUUGAUUGUUGGUCCACCAUUAAUUGAGAAUCUAGAGUCAUUGUGGAACUACAGAUGUUAGAUGUGUUUAUCCCAGUGUCCCAGCCUGCAUGGUGUGAUAGACUCCUAAGCAGGAAGAUAGAUGUGAAGCAUGUGGUUCAAGUUGGGAAAUUGUCUAGGCAUCAUGUCGCCUGUUGCUAGGCUUGAAAACUGGACUCUUGAGGAGUAAAGUAAAAGCAUGUCGCUUACAUCACUUCUUGCUGAAUUUGAUACAUUUUUCUUUCCCUUAAGAGCCAAAAGCAGAAAACAAAAACAACAGUCCUGCUCCCAUGGUAUCUUAUUCAAUGUGAAUCCAUCUUUCCUUACUAUUUUUGGAUGGAGAAUUUAAAGUUGAAUGCAUUAGAAAACUAUUUGAGGAAUUACGAUAAAGUUUUAAGUAACUAAAAAUGUAUGCAGUAGAACCCCACUUUUACAAAACUUUAGGAAAUGGGAGAAAUGUUGCACAUAAGUUGAAUUUGAACGGGAACAAAGUAAAGUAAAACAAGUACUAUCUUAGUUAAUGUGAAAAUAACAAUUGAGAAUAUUAUAUUCACUGAGUAAAAUAGUUAUUAUGGGCUUUCCUCAUGUUAGACAACCACCAUAAUCUUCUCAAAGGUCCAGUUAUAUUUUCUAAAGGUCAGUUGGGAUAUCAGCCUAAGAAACAUAUCUAUUAAGCACUUGUUAACACCUUAUUUGGGGACCCCAUCUGUUGGGGUAGGGGCAAGGGGGGGGAGGUUUAUAGAAGAGUAUAUAUCUCUUUAAAAAAAGAAAAAGAAAAAUAUUUCUGAGCACUCAUUAGCCCUGUAUGGAAGCUUAUUUCCCUUUUGCAGGGCCAGUUAUCACUGCAGAUUGCAAUGUUUACCAGGAAUUUCUAAAAAUGAGUGCAGAUUACUGAAUAUAAUGCAUUAUUUAAAAUAUUUGGGAGUACUAAAAAUUUUGUGGAGAAAUGUAAAUUGUAAUAAUGUAAAUGGGGGUUUCACUAUAUAUAUUGUAUACACACAUACAUAUAUCGCACUUCAUAGAAUCAAAGUUGCUCUCUGAAGGAGCUUUGGCUCCUCAUAUUUUCUCAUGCUCCUAUAUUUUUUUUAAUCCUAGGAGCAGUAGUUUUUAUACUUAUGUAUUUAAAUUUUAUUAUGAAAAAUUACAUUUUAUUAAAAAAGUGUGUUUCAAAGGCAUUAAAAUUAUAUAUGUUAAUAAGGAAAUACAUUUUUAAAUUUUUCAAACUGCUCCUAAGCUUGUGGUUAGGAGAAUAUUUGCUCUGAAAGUAGGCUUUUUGCUCUGCUUCAUUACCACUUCCUUUAGUUUCUAUGAAACAGAUUGCUUACCUAAAUCUUUAGUUGAAUGAUUAGUGUUCAAUAUUGCUUUAAUCACCAUAAAAAAGGAAAAAAGAAAUUUGGUGACAGAGCACAAAUGAAAAAACCUAUUUUUAAGUAGAAAUCACAAAUAGCGAGUGUGGAAACACUACUUUAUUUUGUCUAAAAUUUGCUUAAGAAGUUGUCAAAUUAAUGAACUGAGACAUUGGCCUUAGUAGGCUGUAUUUCACUGCUAAUAAAAAAAAAAAAAGGGAGUACCAGGAUUUAUGAAAUAACAUUUUGGAAAUGGGGAAUGGCGCCAUAUAUGUAUAUGUAUAUGUGUAUAUAUAUGUGUGUGUAUAUAUAUAUAUAUAUAUGUAUAUAUAUGUUUUUUUUUUUUUAACCUAAUUCUCGCCCUGCAUGGAAUUCACAUACAUGCAGGCACAUCUUUCAGGGCACCAGUGCUUAAAAUUGUGGAGUCUUAAUUUUCAUAUGUACACCUUUUUGCCUGUUGCUGCCCCACAGACUUGAAAUAACACUGCAAAGUAAGAGGGAAUUCAGCUCAUUUGUUUUUAAAAUUGACUGUAGUGGUCACUAAACCCCUUUGAAAGAAUUUCUACUAAAGAUGAGACAGACUUGUUUAUUUUAAUUGCACAAUGUUCUAACAAGGAUGUAAAACAGGAUUGGCCUUUUUUUUUUUCCCUAGAAAAAGAAAUUUGUCAUUUGUUUUUAUGUCAACUAGAUGUGAUUAAAAAUAAUUAUUGCCAAUGUUUUCAUUCUCCAGUGGCCAGAAUCACCAUUCGUGAAAUUUCUGGUAGUGCCUUAGCUUGGUAAAAAAGGGAUUAACAUUAAAUAAAAAUAUAUUAGUCUAGAAUUUGGACCUCAGACAAGAUAUUGAACCUCAUUCACUUUGACUUCCACACAUGUGUCCAAAUUAGGUCACCAAACACGGAAGUGUGAGUGUGGAAGGACCUUGGCACUGUAAGCAAUAUUAUCCAUUGAUAUAUACAAAUAUCAUCUUUAUAGUUAUUGGUCACUGUUAGAACUUUCAUUUUAAAAUUCUGUUACCAACUUCAGUUUUUUAAAACUUAAGUUGUCCUGGCUGAUUAUGCACCACUCUUUGUGCAACUUUUAAUAUCACUUUGUGUUUCUUUCAAGCUGCGUAUUUUUGCCUACUUGUUACUUGUGCUUUAUUUUUCUUAGUCAUUUGUGGAAUAUAGUGAUAUAUUGUGUUAAUUUGGACAGUAGCGGUUUUUAAAAACCAUAUACUGAUUUAAACAUGAGCCAGAGCUGAUUGCUUUAUUAAGCUAAUAAUGAAUGUUAAAGAGUACAUAUUUUCAGGAUCAUUCAUUUAGUGAGCAAUACACAUAUUAUAGGCCAAUAUUUUUUUAAAAAAUAGAGCUUGGUCAACCUCUAUACUACAUAUAUUACAAGAUAUAGCACUUUCAAAAUGAAUCUAAACCUUUACAGAAACUUUCUUAUAGGUUAUGCCUUUAAUUUUAAGACUUAUUAUAAUUUGUUUCAAGUGCCAUUAGAUGAUAUAUAUGUAGGCCUUUGAUAUAUAAUGCUUUGUGUACAAAAAUGGUAGAUGGCAUUUUAAACAGGUACAUUUUUACAGUGUUUUCUUAUCAAUUUGCUAUAUUGCACAGAAUCAGUGUGUGUCUUUUCAUAAGGUUUUACAAUGGUUUAUUUUUUUACAAGGUUUACGUGUUUCAAAGCACACUGUCUUCCCAGUACGUAAGUUUAAAAAUACCAGUUCACCCAAGUUGCUUCUAGCCUACUGAGAUCCAUAUGACAUUGGAGGAGAUCUUUUAAGCGUUGAGUAUUCGUUAUUAGCAGUGGCAGACUGUUAUCUCCGACAAGUGAGUGCCUGAGUUGAAUUUGUCUUGUUUUCUCACGCUGUGUCAGCAUUCAUAUUUACAACACAGAUAGUCUGUUGGUGAUUACAUUGGUCUACAUGAGCUGUGUAGUGUAGUUUUGUGCUAAAAACCCAUACAGAGCUCCUUUUGGAUCAUAUAAAGCAAGAUAUUGCUACCAACAUUGGUAAAGGCACAUUUAGAUCACCAUUAGGCCUUCUGCAAUGUUAUCAGCCCUCUGAGGAUGGAAGGCAUUGUCUUUUGAUAAAUUUAGCUAGCUCUAGAAAUGACAGAGAACUGUUGCUAAUGUAUAAAACACUUCAUUGUAUAAGCUUCAGUGGUACAGAUGAACCAGAGUGAAUGUUUAUCUUCUCAGAAACACUCCUUCAAUAUUAUGUUGGAUCAUGCUGCUAAUGUAACUUGGGAUACAACUCUUCAUGGUGCUACAAACUUCUCUUUCUUGUUCAGUUGUAUUUUUUUAUCCAUAGAAAAAGGACUACAUUAGGUGUAAAGGUGUACAAUAUAUUUUUAUACUGUGACUUAACUUGUCAUUAACAAACUUUUACACCACCGCGAUGUAUUCAUGUGCACUUGCAAAAGGAGAUCUUGGACAUGCAAAUGUUGCCGGAACAAACCCAGCUUUUGUCCACAAGGUGACUGUAACUCAGAAUGGAAAGUGGGCUUUAUAAUUGGGUGUGGAGUGAAGAAUAUGCUGUAUGUUACUAACAGCCCUUUGAAUUUAACAAAAACUGGGAAUCCAUUAGGAAGUGGAUUGCAUCAUGCCUGAACAUAAGCUGGACUGCUGAAAUCGUAUUUUUAGCUGAUGAAAGUGUUUGGACUAGUACUCUAAAAAUGUUCUAAUGAUAAAGUGUUGAGUCAAAAUAGAAAAGAAAAUCUGCAUUCCAGGCUGAAUUUUGUAUAUUUUUAUUGCAUUUGAAAUUGCUAUUCUGUGAUAUUGGGAAAUCAAGUGGCUUAUCGUGUAUAUCAUGUACUUAAAAUGUAUUCACAAACUACUGUUGUAUUUGUAUAAAAUAUAGACAAAGAUCAUAUUUUUUGUGUGUGUAUAAGCUCUGUAAAAUAGCGAUCACAUUAUGAAGCUGCAGUGAUACUACAUUUUAAACAUUCACAUCCAAAGAAGCAGGCUAUUUAUUGUCCAGAUACCCAGAUUUAAAAUAUUAAUUUGCUGCUAAUUAAACAAUAGUACUGCAGCUUCUUGUGGCCUACAGUGUUAUGUUUGCUGUAAGAAAAAGAUAUGUGAAUUCCACAAAAUAUAUAAAUAAAAUUAUAGACUGGCUUUA